CUUCCUGGAGAAGCCGGAAGAGACUGGACCCUGGGCAGAAUCAGGGGUAACCAGCCCCUUCUCUUGCCCCUACGGAAAGGUGAGUCCGUGGGCCGUCCUGGCGAAGUCAAAACACUUAGUCUGGCCGUUUCAGGCACUCUGCUAAGUAAUUUGCUUCGAUGAUUUCCCGGCAUCUUCAAAACAACCUUAUGAGUGUGGACCCGGUCAACAGCCAGGCCAUGGAACUCUCCGAUGUCACCCUUAUUGAGGGUGUGGGUGAUGAAGUGACUGUGGUGGCAGGUGUGGCGGUGCUGAUUCUAGCCUUGGUUUUAGCUUGGCUCUCUACUUAUGUAGCAGACAGCAGUAGCAACCAGCUCCUGGGCACUAUUGUGUCAGCUGGCGACACAUCCGUUCUCCACCUGGGGCACGUGGACCAUCUGGUGGCGGGCCAAGGUACCCCAGAGCCAGCUGAACUCCCGCAUCCAUCAGAAGUUAACGAUGAGAAAGCUGAAGAGGCUGGAGAAGGUGGAGACUCCGCAGGGGAGCCCGGAGCUGGGGGUGGUAUUGAGCCCAGCCUGGAGCAUCUGCUUGACAUCCAAGGCCUGCCCAAAAGACAGGCAGGCUCAGAGAGCAGCAGUCCACAAGCUCCGCUGAGAUCUGAGGAUGGCACCACCCUGCCUCCCAGCCCCGGCUUCAUCAACGUUCGGCUCAAAUUCCUCAAUGACACCGAGGAGCUGGCUGUGGCCAGGCCAGAAGAUACUGUGGGUACCCUGAAGAGUAAAUACUUCCCUGGACAAGAGACCCAGAUGAAACUGAUCUACCAGGGCCGCCUGCUGCAGGACCCAGCCCGGACACUGCGCUCCCUGAACAUUACCAACAACUGUGUGAUUCACUGCCACCGCUCACCCGCAGGGUCAGCUGUUCCAGGCCCCUCAGCCUCUCUGGCCCCCUCCUCAGCCACUGAGUCCCCCAGCCUUGGUGUCAGUGUGGGCAGCCUCAUGGUGCCUGUGUUUGUGGUGCUGCUGGGUGUGGUCUGGUACUUCCGUAUCAAUUACCGCCAGUUCUUCACAGCACCUGCCACAGUCUCCCUGGUGGGGGUCACUGUCUUCUUCAGCUUCCUAGUAUUUGGGAUGUAUGGACGAUAAGGACAUAGGGAGAAAAUGAAAGGCAUGGUCUUCCUCCUUUAUGGCCUCCCCUGUUUCCUAGCCAGACCUGGGCCCAAGGGCCUGGGAGGGAGGGGUGGAAAGGAUAUGGUGGGUCCUCCUCAGCCCCAUCACGGCCACAAGGUACAGACAUCCUCUCUGCGCAAGCACAACUCAGGUAGAAACGAGGAUGUCAUCUUCACUCUUAGGGUCUGAAGUUUAGAGCCAUGCUGGUGGCCAAGCUCAGUGGGGUGGGGAGCCUGGGCUCUGAGGAUUCCCUCCUAGCUGUGACCCUAGCUCUUCCCAUUGUCCUGCAUGUUCAUUCCUCAGCACCCAGGGCCACCUGCUAGGACAGCUCAGUUUGGCCCCCGUGUACUUUUGCAGGGAGCCUGGAGUAUCUUUUUAAUUCCUCAGUGGAAUAUCCAUCUUUUGAGACAAAUCACACAGGCAGCAGUGACGACUGUCAGCUUGCCCUACAGGCACCUCGCUGCCUCUCCCCCUCCCCCCGUAGCAGAAAUAGGGUGUCCUCCACGUUCUGGACAGUUCCCAGUGUUCUCCCUUUUUUCAAAGCACUUUGGGGUUUUUUGUUUUGUUUUCCUCUUAAUAGUCCUUUAGAGAGCUUGUCAGGAAGGGGAUUGGGGCACAAAGCCAGGCCCCCAGCAUUGGGAGAGGCCAGGCCACAGCUGCUGCUCCCCUAGGCCUAAGGCUGUAAGCAAGAAAUGGCUCUGGCCUUCAGCCAGUGACCUACCCUGCCCAGCUCCAAGGAGCGCGGAGUAUGGAGCACUGUGCCCCCGACCCUUGCCUCUGGGGGUCUUGGAUGGAGGGGUGGGAUCAGUGUCUGUGACUGAAUAAAGUUCCAUUU